GACCAAGAUCCAGUUUGGGUUAACUAAUUUAUUACUAAUGCCAGGUGCAGCAUCAUUGUUUGUAAAGAGCUGGAGAUUUGACUUGCAUUCCUGAAAAACUGAGUUUCAAGCGUCAGUGAAGACUGUGAUGGAGGAACCAGAGGAGCUCUUUGAAGAACUUCUGGAAAGAGCAAAAGCUGGGGAACCUAAAGCACAGACAGAGGUGGGGAAGCAUUACCUGAAGCUUGCAGAAGACCAGGAUGAGGAGCUGAACAGUUGCAGUGGGGUGGAGUGGUUGAUCCUUGCUGCCAAGCAGGGACGAAGGGAAGCUGUUAAACUGCUGAGGAGAUGUUUAGCGGAAAGAAGAGGCAUCACUUCAGAGAAUGAACAAGAAGUGAAGAAAUUAUCAUCAGAGACUGAUUUAGAAAGAGCCGUGAGAAAGGCUGCAUUAGUCAUGUACUGGAAACUAAACCCAAAGAAGAAAAAGCAGUUGGCUGUUUCAGAACUACUAGAAAACGUUGGCCAAGUUGACAGCGAAGGUGGUGAGGAACAGACUGGUGGCCCAGUUCCAAAAGCCGUACAGAAGCAAAGAAGGAUGCUGGAACGUCUGGUGAGCAGCGAAUCUAAGAAUUAUAUUGCCUUGGAUGACUUUGUUGAAAUUACCAAGAAGUAUGCAAAAGGUAUCAUCCCAACCAACCUUCUGAUGCAGGAUGACGAUGACGAUGAACUGGCAGGAAAGAGUCCAGAAGACCUUCCUCUUCGACUCAAGGUGAUAAAGUUUCCACUUCAUGCCAUUAUGGAAAUCAAAGAGCACCUUAUAGAUCUUGCAUCUAAAGCAGGAAUGCAUUGGCUGUCCACUAUUAUCCCAACACACCACAUCAAUGCUCUCAUAUUCUUCUUCAUCAUCAGCAACCUGACCAUUGACUUCUUUGCAUUCUUUAUCCCACUAGUAAUCUUCUAUCUGUCCUUCAUUUCCAUGGUGAUUUGCACCCUGAAAGUCUUUCAGGAUAGCAAAGCUUGGGAAAACUUCCGCACCCUCACUGACUUGCUCCUUCGCUUUGAACCCAACCUGGAUGUCGAGGAAGCGGAAGUGAAUUUUGGCUGGAACCACUUAGAGCCCUACCUGUACUUCCUCCUCUCGGUGUUCUUUGUCAUUUUCUCCUUCCCUGUAGCUAGUAAGGACUGGAUACCCUGCUCCGAGUUGGCCACUAUCUCUGUUUUCUUCAUGGUGACAAGUUACAUGAGUUUGGGCGUAAGUGCCGAGCCCUACACACGAAGAGCGUUGCUCACGGAAGUCGCAGCAGGUUCCCUCUCCUUAUUGCCGGUUAUACCUGUUCAUUUGGGCCAUUUGAAGCUCUUGGGGAAAACCUUUUACAGCAUUCCUGUUGGCCACUUCUUUGUGCUGAAUGUGAGCGUUCCUUGCCUUCUGUUUUUGUAUUUGUUUUAUCUCUUCUUCAGAAUGGCACAGAUGAGGAAUUUCAAAGGCACCUAUUGCUACCUGGUUCCUUAUUUAGUGUGCUUCAUGUGGUGUGAACUGUCAGUGGUGAUUUUGAAAGAAUCCUCUGGCAUUGGGCUAAUUCGUGCCUCCGUUGGCUACUUCCUUUUCCUCUUUGCUCUUCCUGUUCUCAUGGUAGGCAUUGCACUGAUGUGCCUCGUCCACUUCAUAAAAUGGUUCAUAACAUUAGAGCUCAUGAAAAUUGUGGUAACUCUUCUGUUAUGUGCUGUUCCGUUGCUUUUCCGAUGGUGGACAAAGGCCAGCAUCUCUGUGGUUGAAAUUGUGAAAUCCCUAACAAAGAGUUCUAUAGUUAAGCUUAUUUUGGUGUGGAUUACUGCCAUAGUGUUGUUCUGUUGGUUUUAUGUGUACCGCUCAGAGGGGAUGAAGGUGUAUAACUCUACCUUGACAUGGAAUCAGUAUGGGUUCUUGUGUGGUCCCCGGGCUUGGAAGGAAACUAACAUGGCGCGCACCCAAAUCUUAUGUAGUCAUCUGGAGGGCCAUAGAGUGACUUGGAUGGGAAGGUUCAAAUACGUGAGAGUUACUGACAUCGACAAUAGUGCAGAAUCAGCAGUAAAUAUGCUUCCUUUUUUUAUUGGUGACUGGUUGAGGUGCUUGUACGGUGAAACGUAUCCAGCAUGUGAUCCCCAAAAUGUAACCCUGGAAGAGGAGGAACUCUGUCGUCUAAAGUAUCUGACGAAACACGACUGCCACAUGAAAAGGUUUGACCGCUAUAAAUUUGAAAUAACAGUAGGCAUGCCUUUCAAUGGAAGCAAGGUUAUGGAAGAGGACGAUGUAACCAAAGAUAUUGUGCUGAAGGCAAGCAACGAGUUUAAGAAGGUGUUAUUGAACUUGAGGCAAGGAAGUGUCAUUGAGUUCAGUACCAUCCUGGAAGGCCGUCUUGGCAGCAAAUGGCCUGUAUUUGAGCUGAAAGCCAUUUCUUGCUUGAAUUGCAUGUCUAAACUUUCUCCUGCAGGAAGGCAUGUGAAACUAGAGCAUGACUGGCGAAGCACCGUCCAGAAAGCGCUCAGAUUUGCCUUUGAUUUUUUCUUCUCCCCAUUUUUGUCAGUUGCAUGCUGAAUUUUAAUUGUCAUAUCUGCACAACCAAAGAUUUGGCUUAAAAACAAGUUAUAAAAAUGUUUCAAAGGAAUGAAAUUAGUUUUGAGUACAAUGCACAAUGCCAUCUUAAUAAUUUCUGUGCUGGACAUGUCUAUAUGUGAAAAACAUUAUUUGCCUAUUAAAAGCAUGAAAAAGUUUCUGCAAGAGCUGAUUUUUAACAUCAGCCAGAGAUAUUAAAAGCACUUUAUUUAGAUAAUUCACUCUUCCACUCUUCUGUACUUAAAGCUGACUUCAUGGGUGACAACUGUCUAGUGCCAGUUAUGUAGUGAUUCAUACAAAAAUAUUAACUGUGCUAUGAGAUAGAAAUCGUGUAUUCGGUGUUGGAGAAUGACAGACUUUUAAAUCAGUCAUCAGUUUUGCUGAAAGUAUUCUUGAACAGGAAAGAAAAGUACUUUGUGUGAUCAUGGUGGAAAGUCUGAAUGGCUAAUGUGUCGGAAUCUGCGCUGAAGGUGGAAAUGGACAUCUAGCUAAUGGUCUGUAUAUAUGAAUACAAACACAAAAUUAAACAAGGAUUCAAAAUCUA